AUGGAUCAGCAACAGACUCUUCCAGUGACUCUGCCCUCUGCCCUCAGCCAAGAGCCCCUGGAGCUUGUUUGCCUUCCUACUGAUACCCAACACGAACAAGAGAAACAGCCGACUCCACUGCCUGCCCCAUGCCAGACAGUGCUCUCUGAGGCCCCCCGGGAAGUCGCUGUUCAGCAUGGGGAAAAGCACAUAGCUCUGGAGACAGAGGUGCCUGAGCAGGCGUGUGAGCUACUGCAAGGCGACCUGCAGAAUCGGGAAGAGCAUUCAGGGCUGCAGCAGCAGCAAGAGUCACAGCAGCAGGAAGGGUGCCUAGAACAGCCACAGCAGCAAGAGUCACAGCAGCAGGAAGGGUGCCUGGAACAGCCACAGCAGCAAGAGUCACAGCGGCAGGAAGGGUGCCUGGAACAGCCACAGCAGCAAGAGUCACAGCGGCAGGAAGGGUGCCUGGAACAGCCACAGCAGCAAGAGUCACAGAGGCAGGAAGGGUGCCUGGAACAGCCGCAGGAACAAGAGUCACAGCGGCAGGAAGGGUACCUGGAACAGCCACAGCAGCAAGAGUCACAGCAGCAGGAAGGGUGCCUGGAACAGCCACAGCAGCAAGAGUCACAGCGGCAGGAAGGGUGCCUGGAACAGCCACAGCAGCAAGAGUCACAGCGGCAGGAAGGGUGCCUGGAACAGCCACAGCAGCAAGAGUCACAGCAGCUGGAAGGGUGCCUGGAACAGCCACAGGAACAAGAGUCACAGCAGCGGGAAGGGUGCCUGGAACAGCUGCAGGAACAAGAGUCACAGCAGCGGGAAGGGUGCCUGGAAGAGCAGCAACUGCAACUGCAAGAGUCACCGGAGCAGGAACAGAGCCUAGAACAGCAGCAUCUGCUGCAGCAAAAAGCAUCACAGGAGCUGGAACCACAGCACCAGGCACUAACGGAGCAGGAAACACAGCAUCCCAAACACGAGCAGCACAAGCAGCAUCAGGAGGCAGGAAGCUUGGAGCAGCAGCUGGAACAGAAAGAAGAACAAAAGGAAGCGCAGCUAAAGGAGAAGUUGGAAGAGAAGAAGAUUCUGGAACAGCAAAUAGAUAAUGAAUUAACAACGAAAGAUGAGCACCUAGAAAAGAGAGAGCAGCUGGAGCAGCUAAAGGAGCAAGAGAAGCAGCUGGUGACAGUCGAGCAGCAGGACGAGCAACUGGAGCAGCAUGAAUCCUCCCAAGUUCUGGACCCAUCCCCAGACCCCCAGACAGUGCAAACACCUGGAAGAGACCUCUUGGCACCUGCAGAGCAGCAGCAGCAGAAGCUAGAGAUGGAGUGGCCCCCCAAACACGUGUGA